AUCAUCCGUGACGCAGCCAACACUGACUUGUUGAUCUGGUCCCGUUUUUAUAUCUUCAUUGCCCGCCAUAUUUAGCCCUCCGACGUUCAGGAAACGGAGACAGAUCCAAGUUCAGACGCGAGAAUCCGCAAAUCUGUGAACUCCACGGAAAGGAUCAACAGCGAGCAUCUAGCAGCUGGGAAAUCCUGCCCUGCGUUGCCAAAGCUUGAUUUCCUGAGACGGGGGCCACGGCCGGCGGCAAGAUGCACGUCGUGAUGCUGCCAUGGCUGGCCUUCGGCCACGUGCUCCCGUUCACGGAGUUCGCCAAGCGCGUGGCCCGGCAGGGUCACCGGGUCACCUUCCUCUCUACGCCGAGGAACACCCGCCGGCUCAUCGACAUCCCGCCGGGCCUCGCCGACCUCAUCCGCGUCGUGGACGUCCAGCUGCCGCGGGUCGAGCACCUGCCGGAGCACGCCGAGGCGACCAUCGACCUCCCCUCCGACGACCUCCGCCCGUACAUGCGCCGCGCCUACGACGCCGCCUUCGAGCGCGUGCUCUCGCGGCUGCUCCAGGCGGAGGAGAAGGCGGGAUCGAGACCGGACUGGGUCCUCGUCGACUACGCGUCGUACUGGGCGCCGGCGGCCGCGGCGAGGCAUGGCGUGCCGUGCGCGUUCCUCAGCCUGUUCGGCGCCGCGGCGCUCAGCUUCUUCGGGAGCCCUGAGACGCUCCUCGGCCUCGGGAGGCACGCCAAGACGGAGCCGGCGCACUUGACGGCCGUCCCCGAGUACGUCCCGUUCCCGACCACCGUCGCCUACCGCAGCUACGAGGCGCGCGAGCUGUUCGAACCGGGCAUGGUCCCGGACGACUCCGGCGUGUCGGAGGGCUACCGGUUCGCCAAGACCAUCCAAGGGUGCCGGCUCGUGGGCAUCAGGAGCAGCACGGAGUUUGAGCCUGAGUGGCUGCAGCUGCUCGGCGAGCUCUACGAGAAGCCGGUGAUCCCGGUCGGCCUGUUCCCUCCGGCGCCGCAGCAAGACGUGGCCGGCCACGAGGCGACGGUGCGCUGGCUGGAUGGACAGGCGCCAAACUCCGUCGUGUACGCGGCCUUCGGCAGCGAGGUGAAGCUGACGUGCACGCAACUGCAACGCGUCGCUCUCGGCCUGGAGGCGUCCGGGCUGCCGUUCAUCUGGGCGUUCCGCGCGCCGACCGAUUCCACCUCCGGCAGCCUGCCCGAGGGCUUCGAGGAGCGAGUGGCCGGUCGGGGAGUCGUGUGCCGAGGCUGGGUGCCGCAGGUGAGGUUCCUGGCCCAUGCAUCAGUCGGGCGGUUCCUGACGCACGCCGGCUGGAACUCGAUCGCCGAGGGCCUGGCGCAGGGCGUGAGGCUGGUGCUGCUGCCGCUGGUGUUCGAGCAGGGCCUCAACGCCAGGAACCUGGUGGACAAGAAGAUCGGCGUGGAGGUGGCGCGGGACGAGCAUGACGGGUCGUUCGCGGCCGACGACAUCGCGGCGGCUCUGAGGAUGGUCAUGGUGGAAGACGAAGGCGAGGGGUUCCGGGCCAAGGUGGAGGAGGUGGCCAAAGUGUUUGGGGACGACGAGGUGAAUGAUCAGUGUGUGAGAGAGUUUCUCUUGCACCUGUCGGAGCACAGCAAAAAGAACCAAGGAUAGGACUGAAACUUUCCGAUAUCAUCAACUAUCUUUCAGUGAGGAAAUUUCAACAAGGGGGUGUGUAGUGUGUACAACCAAGAGGUCAAAAUUAGCGGCACAUAACCGGUCCCUUCCAGCCAAAAUUGUCUCUCACACUGCACCAAAGUCCACCAGAUCAUCGCCACUCGCCGUCACCGGUGGCUGAGUUCACCAAAUAUGUUGAAAACAUCGUAAGGGCGAGGAUAAAAUUUACCUUUCACCAUGGAAGCCCCAGCAGAGUCCUUGUUCUGUGCACGAACAAGUCCCGGGAUAUCCACAUCGCAGGAAGGUGCCCUAGAACCGUCGCGAAGGAUAAUUGUGCCACGGCAUCCUUCUUCCCAAGUGACAAUCGGCAUUGUUGUCGAAUGUUUAUAUUUCAAUAGCUUGCUGUCUUUAGCCCCGUGCAUGAGAGCAUGUCCAACAGACGCGCGGUAGCGCGGCACCUAAAAAAGUUUUGCAACGAUGAAAUAGUGUUUUUGUACGCGGGGGGUUUAUCAGACGCAUAA